GGGCAUUAUAAGAGAGCUGGGUACCAUACAAUGUAUCAAGAAGAUUUGUGUUGGGAAGGGAUCUGGGGACUAAUGGCUGAUCAUGGAGUAAGGCAAUGGAGUGACCUUCAAGACAAGAUGAAAAAUACCUUCAUAGAUCACACGGGCCUGACGCAUUCCAGUUGUAAAAUCCUUUCGUCAUUGGGAGUAACAACUCCCUUCUUUGGGCCUUAUGGGGACCAAAUCUGCUAUAAUGGAAAGUUUCAACACUCUUACUUUCUUCGUUACACAAUUGACACACUUCACGCUAUCGGCAAGUCACGUGACGCUCGCCCACUUUUCUCUCACACUUCACUCAACGUCGCCCACGAUCACAAAGGUAUCCGCACGCAAACCCUGGAUAUCAGUUUGGAGAAUUACGUGAGGGCCAUGGCGAACGAGCAGAACACUUUAACAGUCAUUCUGGCGGAUCAUGGAAACACAUAUACGGGAUAUAGUUCAGAAUUUUUGGAGGGGCGCUUUGAGAUGUACCAUCCGUCCCUAUUCAUCAUUGUUCCUGACAGAGUAGCGGCGCUCUUAGGGAGGAAAGCAAUGUCCGCUCUAGGAGAGAACCAACGGAGGCUUGUCACCAUGAUAGAGUUACACCAUUCUCUAAUGGUGUUGGUCAACCCCCUAUCCGGAAAUGUUAAGCCAAAGGGGUUGUUUACACCCAUCGCUAUGAACCGUACGUGUGAUGAUCUGGAACUAACGCUGCCAAACUUGUGCGUGUGUAAGGGUUGGGAUGCACCAGCAGAUAAUGACACUUCACGUAUUCCUAUCGCUGAGUUCGCGAUGGGUCAGUUGAACAAUCGCUUGGAAAAUCAAAUACAGAACAUUUAUGAACGAUCCUGUCAAAGAUUGCAACCGUUAUGGUUUGAAAAUAUCCGAGAAAGAAACUCGAAAAAAGACGGAACUCUGAUCACUUCGAUGGAUAUUCGAGUUCAAGCAGGAGAUGUUGUUCCUCAGAGGGAAGACGUGUUUCACGUGGUAGUAAUGACAAGGGAAAUGUUAGGAGAAAAUUCUUUACAAAUGACCUUAGUCUCUUUUGACCGUCUGACUUUAUUUUUAACAUACGCAGAGUGCGCCGAUAAUGGUGUUGACCUUAAAUUGUGUGUGUGCUCACGAAAAGGAACACAUAAAAUGUCAGAACACAUGGUGCAUUUUGGACAACGCCCAGUUGUUAGAAAACUUAAUAAUACAAAUUGUUUAUGGUUGAUUACAUGGCCUUUUGCUAAAAACACAUCGAACACGUAUGAAGUAGCCAACUUGUGUCAUAGUCAGACUUAUCGAGUUAAGAUAUACGUGAAGAAAGUUUCUUACAUAAAAUUUUCUUGUGAGCUCCCUGUAACAUUAACUGUUACACCUGGUAAUGUAUUGUUUGCAUUUUCAGUUCGAAAGCACAUCAGUUAUUGGAAUACCCACAUAGAGGUUAAUACUGAGGUUGAAAAGAAAUAAAGGUUAUUGCUGACAAUGACAAUAGUAUUUCAUCAGCCUGUGGCACGUGCAUCUGAAGUGUCUGUGGAUUUCGCCUAAAUAGUCAACGAAUUACUUGAAAGUACCUGCCUGAUAGUUUUAAAAAA